GCAUAGACAGACUGGAGAGGCCCCGCCCCCCCAGUGUAUAUAAACCUGGGCCGUGGAAGUAAAAGUGAAAUUGAAAUUCACACUGGACAAUCUGUGCUCUUGGGAAGUUCUUCAUUAGUGGACACAGAUUUCACAGCAUGGCUUCAAGUUUGCUUUUGACUUUGCUUCUGCCAAUUGCAGCUGUUUCACAUAUGGUGGAGCUGACACCCAAAGUUCUGAUGAAAGUGGGCGACAGGAGAGAGGUGACCUGCAGCAUGACAUCUUGCCAGGAGAGUUUGGAGUUGAAGUGGACCCCGUUACAAGAUAAACCACUGUACGCUACUAUUAAGAAUCACGGCAGAGAAUCUGUGCUGAUAUUUGCCAAUGUGACAAAGAACCACGAAAUAGACAUAAUAUGCACAGCAACCUGUGGGAAGGAGAAAAAACAGAAGACAACAGCAAUUCAAGUAUAUUCUUUUCCAAGAAACCCAGUUAUAUCCGGGAAUGAUCGAUUGAUAUUGGGCAAGGCAAACCUCUUGACCUGUGAAGUGUCUUCUGUUUACCCUUCGGAGUAUCUAGAAGUGGAAUUGUUAUAUGGAGACAAUGUUCUAAAGGGGAAAAAAGUGGAAUCUGGCAAAGAUAGUUUGUCGUAUUCUUACACAUUCGUACCUUCAAGUGAGGACGAUGGAAAGGCAAUAACCUGCAGAGCAUCACUCGAUGUAGAAGAUAUACCCACCAAUGAGAUGACCAAGGAGACAUCUGGACUCAUGAGAGUUCUGUCUGCACCACAUAAUGUGAGAGUGUCUGAACCGACCACACUCUUACUGGGAUCCAUGUUAAAUUUGACCUGUGAGGCAAAGGGCAACCCGAAGCCUGUGUUUACAUGGACGGCUAUUAAACCAGAUGGCCAAUCUGUUGAAGUGGGGAAACAUCAAGAGCUCUUCAUACAAAAUGUGUCCUUAUCAGAUGCUGGUACUUACCAGUGUGGGGUUAGCAAUGAUUUGGGGAAAGAGAAGGCAAAUGUUUCAGUUGUCAUUCAAGCACCUCCAAUGAAUACAAUCAUUGAAGCAAGUCCACAAGGAGUUUUGAAGGAAGGUGAAUCUGUGAGCAUUUCCUGCCUGUCUAACGGUGUUCCAGUAACCCGUAUGGUGUUGAGCAGGGUGGUGGACAACAAAGAAACCGAACUAAAGGCCUUUGAUGGGGCUGAAACAUCAAUAAAACUCACCUCGGUCAAGCUGGCUGACUCUGGCAUCUAUAUAUGUCAGGCUUUCAAUGAGUAUGGGAAUCAGACGACUACUCUCAGUCUAACCGUUGAAACACCACCCAGGAAUAUGACAGUAGAGGUCUUCCCAUCUACCAAGGUUCAGGAGGGGCAGAAUAUCACCAUCUGUUGUCACUCCGUGAGCUUCCCUCCAUCUGCGGUGGUCUUGAGUAAGCUGGAAAGCGAAACCAACAUCUACUCCCCUAAUGGCGUCUUCCAUCUGUUCAACCUCACUCUCAACGACACAGGGUUAUACCAGGUCAACGUCACCAACAACCUGGGCUUUGAGACAGAGGUUUUCACUAUUAAUGUUAUGGAGAAAAGAUUCAACCCUUCAUCUGGUUGGAAUGACUUUAUAACCCCUGCAGUUUGCCUAGGAGCAGCUGCGACACUGCUUAUUGUUGUGGCGUAUCUGCGGAGAGCUGAAAAGAAGGGAUCAUAUAACUUUACGAAGUUCAAUCAAGGCACUGUGUAGACUGUUUAUACUCCACAAACGGAAUUGGCUACACUUUGCUACCAGGACCUCCCUGAAGUGAGAACUGCAGGUUCUGAGAAGAUUUUCAGUCACCAUGUGUAUGUGACAGUACCUCAGCUGUUUGGGAACCUGCAUUCUCCACAGCCACAGACAAUCAAUGGGCAUGUCGAUAUUCAUGCAUCAUGCAGUUUCUUUGUGGUCUCACCAUUGAGACAUGGCAGCUUUCUUUGAGACCUCAUGUCUGCACUAUAACAGUGUCUGUCUUAAUGUUUGACUGGAUUAGAGGGUUAGAGGACGUUUCAGGGUAGAGUUGGGGAUAGGGUUCCUGACCAGUGGCAGAUGGGAUGAGUGUUAGGGAAACCUGCUUGAUUAUUUUUGGAAUUCUAUUUAAUGACACAAAGUAGAACUUUAAUUUAACUUUAACAUAAUUUAAAGUUAGUUAGUGUUUGGAACACUAUAGAUACCUACUGUUAACCUCAAAGUCUGUUGAAGAUGCUGUUACCUAGAAAAUGGACCUUUUAAGUGUUCUAAAAUAUUAAAAUG